AUGAUUGUUUUUGAAGAUGAUGUGUCCAUAAGAUUUGCAGGAUCGGAAGAUAAUGCCGCAUUUGUUAAAAUCAAUGCAGUUGGUGGUGUUAACAAUGAAAACAAUAAGAAAGUUGCCAAAGCAAUCACAGAAUGGUUUGUAUCCCACGGAAUUGCAGCAAAUCGUAUAUACUUGGUUUUCAGUGAUAAAAAUCCUGAAAAUUGGUCCACUAAUGGUUUACUUGUAUCUUAUUUAAUUGCCAAUAAAUAA